ACCAGCACAUCCGCAUGUAUGACUUGAACUCCAAUAACCCCAACCCGGUGAUCAACUACGAUGGGGUGAGCAAGAACAUUACCUCGGUUGGCUUCCACGAAGACGGACGGUGGAUGUACACCGGGGGCGAGGACUGCAUGGCUCGCAUCUGGGACCUCCGGUCACGCAAUCUUCAGUGUCAGCGCAUUUUCCAGGUGAACGCGCCCAUCAACUGUGUCUGCUUGCAUCCCAAUCAGGCCGAGCUCAUUGUCGGAGACCAGAGCGGUGCCAUCCACAUCUGGGACUUGAAAACGGACCACAACGAGCAGCUGAUCCCAGAGCCGGAAGUCUCGGUCAACGCAGUACAUAUUGAUCCGGAUGCCAGCUACAUGGCUGCGGUCAACAGUUCGGGCAACUGUUACGUGUGGAAUCUCACGGGGGGCAUUGGAGACGAGGUCACCCAGCUCAUCCCCAAGACCAAGAUCCCUGCACACAACCGCUAUGCGCUCCAGUGCAAAUUCAGCCCAGACUCCACGCUUUUGGCCACUUGCUCUGCUGACCAGACGUGCAAAAUAUGGAGGACCUCCAACUUCUCGCUGAUGACGGAGCUGAGCAUCAAGAGCAACAACCCCGGAGAGACCUCCCGUGGCUGGAUGUGGGACUGUGCCUUUUCGGGGGAUUCCCAGUACAUUGUCACAGCCUCGUCAGACAACUUGGCCAGGCUCUGGUGUGUGGAGACGGGGGAGAUCAAGAGAGAAUACAGCGGGCAUCAGAAGGCGGUCGUCUGCCUGGCUUUCAACGACAGCGUCUUGGGCUGAGGAGCGAGCUGGGAUGGCACCUCUUCGCCAGCCGGUCUUUCUCCUGUUAGGCCCCAUCGGCCACUGCUUCUUUCUGCCGAGGGAGCGGAGUCCAGACUAACUCGACCGAGGCUGACCUCUCUGCCCUUUGGCUUCAUUGGCAGGUGUGGCCGGCUUCCCUGGUGCUCCUCGUUUGUAGCACCCCCUUAAAGCUAGCAUGGAGCUGGCAGAGAAGCAGGGAGGCUGCCCUUUCCCGGGGCAAUGACGGGGAUCCUUGUCUUGGCUGCCUGUAGGAAGAGCCUCCUGGGUCUGGGGUGAGCUGGGUCUCCUUCCUGAGGCCCCCUUUUCUGCCCCUCUCCUCCCACCCGGCCCCAGGCUUCCUUUGGGAGCUGGCACUGGCGCCAGAAUAAUGAUGGGCUCUGCAGGCUGGCAAAGGGAGAAAGGUUGCCACUGAACCCCUUUGCAGGAGGGGUUCAGGUUUCACUCCGUCCCUCCCUUCUGCAGGCCACCCUGCUGGGUCAUCUGGCUUAAAAAAAGAAGAGGUUGAACC